AUGCCUGAGGUUGCUUCCUUUGACGUUUUGGUUGUCAGUAGUAAUGGGUUCUUCACAGUUAACAAUACAAUAACCUUAAACAUUAAAACUUCCACGCAUGUCCAUGGAAGCCCCCUUUAUAAAAUAGACUUCGGUGACGAGAGCCUGCUUACAGUCACCAACAAGUCAGCAGUAAACCACACUUACACACGAAUUGGUUGUCACGUGAUCAAUGUGACAGGUUUUAACGCGGUGUCGAGUCGUUCGGUGGUUAGGAAGGUUUGCAUUGAAAUAUCUGUGACACCGCUGAAAGGACUAACCAUUGAAACAAAACCUGUUAAAGUCGGUGAAAAUGCAAGCAUUAUAUUGCGUCUCGUAGAGGGAUCACGGUUUGAAUGUCUGGUAUCAUUCUCCGAUGGUAUUUACAACGUAACAAGGAUACAAGAAGGUACACCUCAAAAUGAAGCGAGCGAAGCACGACGCACGAUUAUUGUGACCAGAAUAUUUAAAGAAGCAGGAAUCUAUCUGUUCCAGGCAAGAUGCUGGAACAAGAUAAGUGAGUUGAUUACGAUUGGUAAAGUUAUAGUCCAGCAUGAAAUCAGAGGAUUCUUCUUGCAUACCAUACAAGCUCAGAUUUAUGGAAAAAAUAUUACUAUCAAAUGGGAAGUCACACAAGGUACCAACGUUACGUAUACCGUGACCUUUCAGUCACGGCAUCUGAAUUAUAUAUCACGUGGGAAUUCAAGUAUUGCUGUGAUAACAACUGAUUACUAUUUAGGAGAGGGCUGGUUCAGCGUUACUGUGACUUCAGAAAACCUUGUGACACUGCCCAUAAGUCUUAGCCAGCGAAUAUUGAUUGAGAAACCAAUAACUAAAGUGCAUACCAUUGUCUUGUAUAUCAAGGAGAACUUGGGAUAUCAUGGAUUUGGCAGGGAUAAAAAUCACUUUCCUAUGGGCUUUCAGUUGGACGUCAGCUCUUCUACUCAGUUAAAGUCCAAGUUUGCAAGGUUUUCUUAUUAUUUUAAUGGGAAAGCAAUGGAAAAAUGGGCCAAUAAGGAAUUAAUUCGUUUACCUGUUUUAAAUACUGGACAAUACAACUUAACGGUCACGGCAUUCAACAACGUGAGUCACGCGCAUUUCGUGACAGACAUCUUCAUCCAGAAAGAGGUAGCAUUCAAUGAAAGAACGUUACUCUGCACUAGCCAGGUUGUGAUCAACGAGAAGGGUAGAAUUCGCUUCAUCUUGGGUCAAUUGACCUCAGACGCCUGUUUAACAGUACACAUCGUCAAUGAUACCGUAUAUCACUAUGGCAACAAGGACUGUAAUCUGUUUCGUUUUAAUACUUCAUUGGAAUCCCACGUGUAUAUUGAAACGAUGCCAACAAACUACGUUGACCAAUACCACACCUUCACGACUCUAGGGAGGCGCCUAGUUAAAGUAGCUCUAGCAAACGCAGUUUCUGUGGAAACGCUGCAGUGUGAAGUCGAAGUUCUUCACCUUGCGUGUGUGGCACCAAAAGUCACUUUACAGGAAGUAGGGACACAUUUAUCAAGGCCAAGAACUGUUAAGAGGUCUGAGUCGAUUAAUAUUGAUUCUGAAACAUUAGUGUUUUGUCCAGCUUCAAAACAAACGAUAUUUGAAUGGAGUGUUUUUAAGCUCAAUGGAAAUUCAAAUGUCUAUAAGAAAAUAAAUCUUACAGAACUGGGUAUUAAUUUCAACCUCCCGUCCCUCCUCAUCGAAGAAAGGACGCUUCCUCUUGGGCUCUAUCACGUGAAACUCGCAGUGCGCAUGAGUGAAGAGUGGUUGCACGAGUACGCCGCAGAGGCUUCUGGGUUCAUCGAGGUGGCUGCUUCUGAUCUAGUAGCCGUGGUAUCUGGUGGGAGUCUACUCAGGCGAGGCUUUGGACCGGAAGUGAUGAUUAAUGGUUCAUCGUCCUACGACCCGGAUGUAGGCCACAAUGGCCAUAAAGGAAUGAGCUUCUUGUGGUUGUGUAGGAAUAUGAAUGGAACAUUUCCUGACAAUCUCAUAAAUCCCAUGACUCCCUCCUCACCCAACCAAACAUUACAUGAUGAUGAUGGUACAUGUUAUGCUAAUAAUAGCUCUUACAUUAUGGAGACCAAUAAAACAUCAUUUGCCUUGGAGACGAAGAGGCUGGAGGUGGAUGAGACGUACGUGAUAAUGCUAAUCGUUAAGAAAGGGAAGAGAGUCAGCUCGAUGCAGCAGAUGAUUGAUAUCGUCGCGGGGGAACCGCCUUCUAUUGAGAUACUAUGUGCUGAAAACUGCAAAGAGAAAGUCAAUCCGUCACAGCGCUUGGCGCUAUUUUCAGAAUGCAAAGGUCCCGGAUGCUUGGGCAAGCUGUUCUAUAGCUGGAAGAUCUACACUUUGAAAGAUGACAAAGAAUGGAUCAAAAACAAUCUUACAAAAGAACUUUCCACUUCUGGUUUACCCAUUUUGGUCAUAAACAAAGAUACCCUAGAGGGGGAUAUGCAAUACAAGAUAGAAGUCAGCGCCCAAAGACAAAUCGGUCCACAAGGCUUGGCUACUAAGGAAUUCAUCGUUAACAGUCCCCCCAGAGAUGGACAGUGUGACGUCACACCACGUGUCGGUUAUGUGCUCAUGACCAAGUUUACGUUUCGAUGUUUUAACUGGAUUGACCCGGAUGAGCCAUUGAGUUACCAGAUCCUUUUUUCCAGGCGACAGAAUGAACAAACUAUUCUGUAUUAUGGCGGGAAGGCAGAAGUUGUUGAAGGAUUGCCAUUGGGUGACAGUAAUAGGAAUUUCACUUUAGACAUAGAAAUACGAGUCUCUGAUAGGCUGGGAGCAACAACAACAAUACGCUUGAGCGUUCAGUCACGACCACCUCACCAGGAUCCUUCCCAACUAAUGACCGAGAUAUCGAGCAUGACAACAGGGAAUAACAGUGUGCUGGACUCGCUGAAGAAGUCAGGCAAACCACAGGCAGUUACCCUGACCGUAAACACCAUCAGCUCGUUACUUAACGUUGAAAAUGUACAACCAACAAGCGUAGAAGAUGAGAGGGAACAACAAGCCAAGAAAUCUGAGAUCCGCGGCCAGAUGCUAGAAAGCCUGAACGAAAUCAAAGCAACAAACUUGGAAUCUUUAAAUCAAGUAACUAACGCCUUGACUCAGACAACAAAAGUCGCAAAAGAAAUCCAUCCACAAGCGCAGGUUUUGUCCGCAAACACUAUUAAUAACCUUGGACAGCUUCUGAACAGCCAAGCAGAUAAAGACACUACCUUUGACUCUUUGAAGAGCAGUGCUGAAAGCUACUUCACAGCUCUUGAUGGUGUCCUACAGAUGGUCUCAACAACAGCUGCCAAUGGACCGGUCAGCGGGUUAACACCUACCGCGCAUGUGCCUAAUGUCAGUAAAGCAGUUUAUGCUCAGGCCAAAGAUUCUGCUAAGUCUCUGACUGGAUCCAUAUCCCACGUGACCAGAGGACUUCUACGAAGAAAGCUUCCUAACGAGCAAGCUACAACGUUUGUCGCUCCAGGGAUGCGCGCCAGUUUGAAGCGAGCAAGUCUGGAAGGGCUUGAUGAAGAUCUUUCGCUUGGAAGUGGAGAAAAAUUUGUUGCUUCAAUAGGAGAAGAGUUAAUGGAGAUGGAAAUGGUUGACAAUAAAACAUCACUCGAUCAAGAGGUUUUCACUUUCAACCAAAACGUCUAUUCAUGGGACAAGACGUCAUCCGAGGUAACAAGUCCCGUUAUGAGCCUGUCUUACUCCAUUAACAGCAAACCCUUAGCCAUUACAGGACUUAAAAAACCUAUUGAACUCUUCAUGAAAAGACCCUCAGUAUCACCAACAAUAGAGAUCUUCGACCUCGGGUCUAACAGCUCUUGGAGCUUUCAUAAGUUAGAAGUAACAUCAGGGGAUGAUUCAGUUUACAUUGAAGUAUUUCUCAAUGAGUGCCACCAUCAGCUGCGUGUUUUUGUUCGUAAAGAUUUACAACCGACAUUUGAGAACUUUGAUUGGAAUAUCAAGACACUACCAAGAAUAUCUACUUCCAGUCACAAUAGCAAUAAAACUUGCGCAGACAGCAUGGCUACUUUGUUUCUAUCAAAUAAGAAUCUUUCCAAGGGCGUCUAUUUUGUGGGCAUUACGAUAAAUGGUUCAGAUUUGUCGCCAAUAGAAUCGGUGAGGUAUAGCAUGAGGACCUUCGUAUCAAAGUGUUUGUUCUGGAGUGUGGAAGAGGAAAAGUGGAAAGGAGAUGGGUGCUGGGGAGGGCCCCUGACCAACAGCACUCACAUCCAGUGUUUGACGUCACACCUGACGUCAUUUGGUACUGGGAUGUUCGUUGCACCGAAUCCCAUUUCGUUCAGUCGUGUUGUGAUUGGGUUCAAGGAAGCUUUCGAGACUGGUAAUGUUGUAGUCUUGUUCUCUGUUGCUGGACUGUUUUUAAUGUAUGUGAUGCUUGGUGUAUGGAUCAGACGGAUGGAUAAAAAGGACGAAGUAGAGACGAUGUCAAUAACUCUAUUGCCGCCAAUCAAAGACACUUUUGCGUACACAUACGAGGUUACCAUAGUAACAGGAAGCCGAAAAACUGCGGGCACCACAGCUAAUGUUUUCUGUGAUAUUUAUGGUGAGAAUGGCACCACUGGGGUGUAUCCGUUACUGGUCCCAAAUAACAAGGGUUUCCCACGAAGAAGCAUUAGGACGUUUGUUUUAUCGACACCUGCGAGUAUUGGUCCCAUUGAAGGGAUUAGAAUCUGGCAUGAUUGUCAUGGGAAGAGUUCUUCGUGGUUUCUCAGGAAAAUUCUGAUGAAGGAUCCUCAAACAAAUGAAAAGUGGAUAUUUAACGUCGAUCGCUGGCUAUCAUUAGACGUAGGAGAGGGUCAAAUUGAAGCCUUCCUCAAGUCAAAUACGCCUGAAGAUCGCUCCUCAUUUGGUAUUCUUUUCGACGAUAAACUGCGCAAGGGAAUUUGCGACAAACACAUCUGGUUUUCUCUAUUAUUUCGACCUCAAUGGAGUCCAUUCACACGGCUACAGCGCCUGUCAUGUUGCCUAUCGCUUCUGUGUUUGACAAUGGUGGCUAGUGCUAUGUUCUACGGCGCAGGUCCGGAAGUAGGGGAUACAUCCGGGGAUAUUAUAAUUGGCCCAAUCAAAUUGAAUCUUCAGAUGAUCGUAAUUGGUGUCGAAAGCGCAUUGAUUGUCUUGCCGAUGAAUCUUUUCAUCGUUGGCCUUUUUCGCAAUUCACGACCCAAAGACUACGACUGUACUUGUUCUGCUGUUGACGACGAUACGGAAUUGCAGCUGCAAGAACACGAAGAAGGAUUAGAAAUCUUCCAAAAGGAAGAUAAUUGUGACCUACAAGAAGGCAAUGUAAAACAAGUAGUUGUUAAAUCAGUGAAUGGGGAUAAGGUAAGUGCUGAGGAAACUGAUGAAAAGCAAGCAGAAGACGAAAGAAAACAAACCAAAAGUUGUUGCACCUGCUGUUCAUGGGUUGGCAAACAAGUGUCUCGAAUAACCUCAUACAAAUUCCCACACUGGUGCGUUUAUCUAGCCUGGUUUUUAUGCAUUGCUACUUCUAUCACUUCCUCUGUGUUUGUUAUCUUUUACUCCAUGAUGUGGGGCAAGGCCAAAUCCAACCAAUGGUUGACCACCAUCUAUGUAUCUUUUGUGCAAGAUACAUUUAUCAGCCAGCCAAUCAAAGUGUUUCUGACCGCUUUGCUGUUUGCGCUUAUCAUACGAAAAACGACUGAUGACGAAGAAAUCAAGACCACGCGAAAAAUAGAAACCAUUCCAGUAGAAAACCAACCAGACUACAACGAUCACAGAUACGACGAUGACGUAGCUCCCCUCGACAAUACAACAGUCAACAAACUAAGAAAAGCACAACACAAGAUUGAUGAUUUUAAAAGAAUCUUGCUGGACUUCGGUUACUAUUUGAUAGUGCUGGUGGCGGUGAGUUUCGUAAGCCAUAAGUAUCGCAGUAGUGAAACUGUUGAUAUCAAGAACACAAUGGAAAUGACCUUCGUGAGGCCAGCGGCGGGACUAAACCGUAUUGGGACAUCAGAGGUCAGUUUUAUAAAGACACUGUGGCAGUGGACUAACCAGACCUUGAUUGGAGGAAUAAACGAUGAGUUAGGACAGAACCACUACCACACAGGGCUCAAUAAUGCUGGAAUGAGGGUGUUGCACGCUAGGCUUCGUCAAGUGAGGGUCAAAGAUGAACCAUGUAGAAUAACAGGAUGCAGAACGUACUACUCGUCCAAUCUAGAAGACAAGCAUUCAUACCAAACAGGAUGGAGAAUAACGACCAACACUACCACCACAACACGAGGUAAUACCCCAUGGACGUAUAUAAAUCCCGAGGAGUCGAACCAUACCUUACAAGUCAGCGGUACUUAUACAGACUAUACCGGAGGAGGGUACACCGCUGACCUACAAAAAGAUACCACAGGCUCAAGAGCAGUUGUCAACCAAUUAGCGAGCUCGUCAUGGCUCGACCAAUCAACUCGGGGUUUCUUUGGAGAAUUCAAUGUCUACAGUCCUAACAGUAACUUGAUCGCCGUCGUAACUCUAUUGUUCGAGAUGCCGUCUUACGGGGGUGUGGUAGCGAGCUUAAAAACCUCUUCUUACAAGUUAUCAUCGCCUCAGUACACAGCCAGUGACAUUGGUGAAAUUAUAUUGGUUUUGCUAGUCUUCGUAAUGAUUACUCGAUUUUUACUCGAGAUUUUCCACCUAAGGCUCAAGUUCUUUUACAGCGUUUCAAACAUAUUUGACCUUGCUUUCGUUAUGGUUGGUCUUGCUGUUCUAAUUUGGCGUAUCGUCAUCACAAACAUACAGGCAACCCAGAGAAGACUUUUCCUUCAAUCACGUGACUCCUACAUUGAUUUCCACAAAUGCGGUGAUUAUGCUGACAUGGCGACCAAUAUGUUUGCCUUCUGGUUCUUCAUCGCCGUGGCUCGCUUCGGUGCUUUUCUCAGCUUAUUUUCCUGUGUUCAGGAGUUUUUUUGUACCGUUGUCAAAUCCUUUGAGCAGCUUGGGAAUUUCUUGAUCAUUUUAGUACUUCUGAUAGUCGCGUAUUCUUCGCUCUUCGUUCUAGCCUUCGCAGACCAAUUGGAUGAUUUUAAGAGCUUUUCAUUCGCCAGUCGCACUCUUUUCUCAUUUAUUCUCAAUAACCUCAGCGGCCGUGAGAUAGGACGACCUAAGUUUCUCUUUCUAUUCACUGUCAUCACAUACAGCUUUUCCAUGAUAUUCCUUAUGCUGAAUCUAUUCAGGUCUAUCUUGGGAGAAAACCACAAAAAAGCGCGGGAAAUCUUCCGUCACGUAGAAAACACAAACCUGGCCAAAUCAAUGCUACAUGUUUUCAAAGAAUUCCUUGGCAAAUCCAAGGGUUUAGAAGUGAAAAGACGGCGUAAGUCUGAAUCUGAACUGAGGCUUGAGUCACAGCUAAGAUACGUGAUGAAUAAUCAGUCAGUUAGGAUUGCAAAGCACCUGGAGGAAAUCUUCCUCGAAGAUUAUAAUGACGAUGUUUUGAUUCUACAGAACUUAAUCUCAAAUGUAGAGGAUAAGCACUUUGCUAGUCACGUGAACUCAGUUGAUUUUUAA